GCGAAAUCCAAAUCGUCCCACCAGCCUACCUUCCCGUGCCUUCAACGUAAGCUUGUUACCUUCCGCUCGGACGACGAUGCCUGUCCUGUUACAACAUUCAAACACGCCGGGUCUUGAGAGUCUUCUUCAAUUCAAUAGCUAUGCUGAUGUUCACAAUAUAUAUUGCGUACUUGGACUCUCCAAUCUCCUCUCACCAGGUAGACCGUAGCGAAGGUAAUCCUGCCGCAUCUCGGCCGCUCUUAGGCAUUUGCAAAUAGGCAGGUAAUCCCUAAACUAAUCAUGUUGAGGAGAAGGAUAUCAGCCAAGUCAUCUUGAAUAUCGAGGUUCAGUCAGACGUGUUUUGAGGCAAGGGAAGGUUGUUGUAUUGUGAGUUUACGAAGAACGAAGUAUCUGCCGAGUUCUAAACGAAAUGCUACAUUGGAAAUUGCAACGACAGGUUUCGGGCGAGGACUCGCGUCGUCUUCCGGCCUCGAGGGCCUCCUCGCUGCGACUGUACCUUAGGAGUCCUUCGGGCCCUUGUGGUGCAGAUUUAAGAAAAGCGAAGAAUCCGAGUACGAACGGAUGUCACAUGUGGCACGGAGACAGAGGAGUAGUGCCAGCGUCAGCCGCUCGCUCGAAGACAAAACUCUAUUCCUCCGCUGGUACCUCGUUACAUAAUAGACUAACAACCCUAGUGGCAAUGGAAGAUACCGGAGAAAGUGAUGGCACUGCCAUACCGAAAAUGCACGAAACGGAUCCAAGAAAAGGUACGGAACCCAACCGACUUUGUCAAAUUGUGGAACCUGACCAAGGUGCAAAGUUGGAAAAAUUCAGAGUGAUCGAGCAGACCGACAAUAUUAAUGCUUCUCUGACUCGGAAGCUCCAUUCGUCUGCGGCACAUCCGCACACAAGAGGGGACUGGCCCCUUGAAACCAGGGUUCAGACUUGGGAGUGCUCAGAAACACCUGGGCAUGCUCCGUCAGCAGGCAGAUCAGCACUGUACCUGAUGGCCGGGGCAGGAUCGGAAGGCAUAUCUACCGCGUUGGUUAUAUUUCAGAUUAUUUACCCUAAUACGAGGAACCUUGCUCACGAGCAGACGUUCAGCAGUCACAAAUUGGAAGCUGUCACCGGUCGGUGCACGAUGUCGUUAUGGUAUGCAUGUUGUAAUUCAUGCCAGACAGACGAAACUCCCAUUCUGAGCACAACGACAGUUUGGUAUUCACUACACUCCAUGUCAAGACAGCCUACAUCUGGAGAUCCCGCAUCGCAGAAAAUCGAUGAGGUUCUGCAAGGAAACCAUUCAGACCUGGACCUGCUAUCACACUACCUUGGAGCGCUGGGCGUGAUCUCGGAUCUGUCCUCCGAUGGUUGUGGCCAAUUACUGGGCGAUAUUCUGGUCGUGCGCUCUCAGCAACAGGGCAGUCCUCUUCUUAUUCGUUUGAAAGAAGGCACGCUCGAUGACAUCCACCUUGCCAACGAUAACUUCGCUGCUGCACUAUCUCUAUGUCCCUUCGAGCACCCAGCCAGAGAUGCUGAGCAUGCAAUCAAGCAAUAUCAGACGGUCGUUGACUUAUCGUAUCCUCACGAACGCCUGGCUCCCCUCAACAACCCUGCCGACGUCCUUCAGUUCCGCUUCCAGCAGUUUCACGAGCUAGUGAACCCGCCAGCCUUGCUCUCUGAAGAAGGGAGUGAAGCUGACAAGAAGCUGAUGCUGCUAUGCUGUGGUCUACAACAACAACUGUGUGUGCAUCCUGUCAUACUACGUAAUAUCGCUUCUGCCUUGGAGAUAUACUUCAGGCAGUAUGAGGAUCCCAACGAACUCAGCCGCUACAUCGCAUAUUAUCGAGAAGCGCCACACCGCGCUGUUCUUGCACCAUUUACAUUCACCGCUAUUCACAGUAAGGAGAGGAUGGAGGACAUCGACCUGCUACGCAAAGUGCUUCCUCUGACUCCCAUGACUUGUAUCACGGGCACCAACGCAAUGUACAAACAUAGUAUUGAAGCCCAACUUCGAGACUCCCUAUUCGAGUUGCAUUUUCCCUUGAAUGACAAGACGAUGUCCCUGUUGGAGAUAGCACAGACCCUAGCGAAAGUGGAGCGGCUGCCCGAGUUCGCUGUGAGCCAUAGAUCUAGUGGGAUGGAAGGACAUGACACCAUGCACUUUCAUGCGCUCCAUAUGGUAGGGUUUCAAAGCGUAUUUGACACUGGGCUAUGGAUUAAGAGGUCAUGCGGCGGAUAAUGUGUCCGCAUUCCAUCAUUGCGUCGUGGAGUCAAGGAUUGUGUCAAUGUGGCAAAGGCUCUGAGCAAGCCCUCGAGAGUCGAAACGGUCGAAGAAGGUAUACCAUUAGAGUAAAGGAUUGAG